CGAGGUGUUCGGUCAGGACUCUGGACCAAGCCAAGCUCUUCUGUCUUCCCACAGUUUCUGUUUGCUCCGACCCCCCAGGAGGUCACCCAGCCGGUGUCUGUGUCCAACUGGUGUCCCUCACGUAACUCACAGCCGCUGAUGUGGACAACACUGGAGAUGGGCGGAGCAAAGGUAUAGGCAAAGGAGCAAUGGGUGAGACAGAGACAGUGGCAGGUGGCCAAGCAGGCCAGCUCUUUGAGGAGCUCCUCCAGGCUUCUACUUGCAAAGACACCCUGCAGGCAUUCACAACACUCUGCAGGCAGCUGCAACUUGACCCACUGGACCACAGGAACUUCUACAGGCAGCUGAAGGCCAAGGUCACCUUCUGGAAAGCAAAGGCUCUCUGGAGCAAACUGGACAAGAGAGCAGCCCAGAAGGAGUACAGUAAUGCAGAAGCCUGCAGAGACACCAAGUGUCUGGUCAUCGGUGGGGGCCCAUGUGGACUACGGACAGCUAUCGAGUUGGCGCUGCUGGGGGCCAAGGUCGUGGUGAUUGAGAAAAGGGACACCUUCUCCAGGAACAAUGUACUACACCUCUGGCCCUACACCAUACAUGACCUGCGCAGCCUUGGGGCUAAGAAGUUCUAUGGAAAGUUCUGUGCUGGAGCUUUAGAUCACAUCAGUAUUCGUCAGCUCCAACUCAUUCUGCUGAAGGUAUGUCUACUGGUUGCCGUGGAGGUCCACGUCAAUGUGGAGUUUGUCCGGCUCCUGGAACCACCAGAUGACCAGGGUCUCAACAGAGGGUGGAGGGCUGAAGUCCGGCCCACAGACCAUCCAGUCUCCAACUUUGGCUUUGACGUGAUGAUAGGAGCAAAUGGAAGCAAGGGCACGUUGUCAGGUUUCAGAAGGAAGGAGUUCCGUGGCAAGCUGGCAAUUGCCAUUACAGCCAACUUCAUCAACAGGAACACCGCAGCUGAGGCCAAGGUUGAAGAAAUCAGUGGUGUGGCCUUCAUCUUCAACCAGAAGUUCUUCCAGGACCUCAAGGAUGAAACAGGAGUCGAUCUGGAGAACAUUGUGUACUACAAGGACAACACGCACUACUUUGUCAUGACAGCCAAGAAGCAAAGCCUGCUGAGUAAAGGAGUCAUCCUUCAAGACUACAUGGACACCGAGAUGCUCCUAAGCAGCGAGAAUGUGAGCCAAGAGGCCCUGCAGUCAUAUGCUUGUGAGGCCGCCGACUUUGGCACAAACUACCAGCUCCCUUCUCUGGACUUCGCCAUGAACCACCACGGGCAGCCAGACGUGGCCAUGUUUGACUUCACGUGCAUGUACGCCUCAGAGAAUGCGGCCCUGGUGCGCCAGCGUAACAGGCAUCAACUGCUCGUGGCCCUGGUGGGGGACAGCUUGCUGGAGCCCUUCUGGCCUAUGGGCACUGGCUGUGCGCGAGGCUUUCUGGCUGCCUUUGACACAGCCUGGAUGGUGAGGGGCUGGGCACAAGGCCGGAAACCUCUAGAACUCCUGGCUGAGAGGGAGAGUCUUUAUAGGCUGCUGCCUCAGACAACCCCUGAGAACAUCAUCAAGAACUUUGAGCAGUACACCAUCGACCCAGCUACGCGCUACCCCAACCUCAACUCUACUUGCGUCCGUCCACACCAGGUGCGCCACCUGUUCAUCAGUAUGGAACUGCCUCUGGAGCAUUCUGCUUCACGGCACCUGUCAGCCAAGGUUUCCAGAAAAGAAUCGGAAGUCCAACCGAGCAGAUUGCUGAGCUGGUGCCAGAAACAGACCCGAGGCUACGUGGAGGUGUUGGAUCUCUCUAGCUCCUGGAAGAGUGGCAUUGCAUUCUGUGCCCUUAUUCAUCGCUUCCGGCCUGACCUCCUUGACUUCAGUUCCCUCAGCGAGCAGAAUUCAGCCAAGAACAACCAGCUGGCCUUUGACAUCGCUGAGUGCGAAUUUGGCAUCCCACCAGUGACCACGGGGGCCGAGAUGGCGGCCAGCCAGGAGCCCGACACCCUCAGCAUGGUCAUGUACCUCUCCAGGUUCUACAACCUUUUCCAUGGAGCUCCACCUGUCUCAGGGUUUCAGAAAGAAGCAGAUGAAAACAGCGAAGCUCCAUUCUCAAAGCCACUCAGUUUCCCAAAGAAGCGGAUCCCAAAGGAAAACCAGAAGGUCGAGGACAAACCUUCCACAUUCAAAAGAAGGCGGAGCGCAUGUUGGGAAGAGGCGUCCAGCUUGUCCAACCAGAAUGCGUCCUCUGAAAGAGACGUGCGAGAGAACAAAGUCCGCUUCAUGGCGACGCAGCUUCUGGCCAAGUUUCAGGAGAACUUCCACAGCAGCAGAGUCCAUGGGCAGAGUUCCUCGGCAAAGGAGUUGGCCACAGCCCCGGGCAGCAGCGACACGUGCCACUUCUGCGGGCGCCGUGUCUACGUGGUGGAGCGGCUCAGUGCGGAGGGGCUCUUCUUCCACCGCGAGUGCUUCCGCUGCUCCGCCUGCGGCGCCACACUCCACCUGGGAGGCCACGCCUUCGACAGCCAGCGGGGUGUGUUUUACUGUAAGGCCCACUUCCCUCGGCAGGGGGUGGCCAACGGGCCCAGAGGCAGGUCAUCGUUAUCUCACCUUCGGCAGGUCUCUGUCAUGGGAACCAGGACAGCAGCCCCCAACACAGACCUCCUAUCUCACCAGCCCCCAGACCCCGAGCAGUGCAGCCUUCCCAAAGAGCAGGAGCAGAGUAAAAACAACCGCUGGAGGUUGAAGAUGAGGACUACUCUCCCUCUGUUCCUGGGGAAGGCUCCUGCUCGCAGAAAGGCCGAUGUAGCGAGGAGCUGCCACGACCCAGCGAAAGACCCGCAGCUCAACCAGGGAUCCACAAAGCUCUUGGAAGCAGCUGUAGUCCCUCCACCACAAGGGGGUACAGUGGAGCAGGUGGGUCCAUGUGGCACCUCCACCCCAGAGGACAUGCCCACCAGUGAGGAGCCGCUCAGAGAUUCCUCACACCCUGAGAACAAGAAGCCGAGCAAGAGGAAGCUGAUGCUCUCCCAGUCCGAAAGGCAGCGCCUCCUGGAGUGGGACUUGAGCAAGCCCUUGGCACAACCAGCUCUGGAAAGAGGGUGGAGAACUGCAUCCCUGGGACAUCACAUUGGUUGGAAGUCCAGGAAUGGUCCUGCCCUAGCACCUGUAUCGGUUACCCCUCCCUCAGAAGCUCCUCCAACCCCCUGGCAGCUGCUCACUAAUGCCCUGAGGAGGUCUUUCAGGAGAUCAAGCUUGGUGAGCAAUGUAGGCUCCAUGAAAAAGCCCCUGAAGACCAGGCCUCUAUCUAAGGGCUCCUUCAGCUUUGGCUCCCUGUUUGGAGGUCUGAGCCAUCAGGGACAGAGCUCCUCCACUAGUGCAGCUCCUCCAUCUACAUCCCACCCCACUGAUGCCGCAAGCAACACCGAACCUGACGGCGCUGAAUCUAGGAACCUUGACAUCAGCAGCUCUGACAGCCCUGAGCUCCCCAAGUUGCUGAAGGAGAUUUCCCAGGUAGCGAGACCUGCAGGGGCAUCCAAAGAUGACCUCGCUUCCCUGCCGCCCCGGAAGCUGAACUUCUUCUCCUCCCUAAGGCUGAGAAGAAUUGGUGAAGCAGACAAGGAGGCAGCUGGCCGCCAAGGGCAGGAUGUUGAAACCAUCCUGUCCAAUUUGAAAAAGAAAGCAUCCAACCAGCAGCACCUUGAGUCCAGUGAGUCUAUCUCCUCCAACGAGGAGGAGACGUCCCCAUCCAGGCAGCAGGUUUGUCUGAGCUCGCAUGCCUCCAGUGAGAGACAGGAAAAGAAGCAACAGAAGAUGAUCAAACAGCAGAGCAGGAGAGAGCAGCUGAAACGGCUCCACAGGGCGCAGGUCAUCCAGAGGCAGCUGGAGGAGGUGGAGGAGAAGCAGCGGGCUCUGGAGGAGAAGGGCGUAGCCCUGGAGAAGCAGCUGAGGGGAGAGACAGGUGAGGAAGGUGGUAAACGUGGGGACGAGCCACAGCUGCUGCACACCUGGUUCAAACUGGUCCUGGAGAAGAAUAAACUGCUGCGCUAUGAAUCGGAGCUGGUGAUCUUUGCACAGGAGCUGGAGUUGGAGGAAACCCAGAGCCAGCUUCAGCAGGAGCUUCGUAUUCGAAUGGAUGUUGAUGAUUCUAGGAAGAGCCCAAAGGAGCUUGCAGAGGAGCAUGAGAUGCUCAGUGAGAUGACGAAAGUGGUCGAGAAGAGGGACAUGCUUGUAGCACUGCUGGACGAGCAGCGGCUAAAGGAGAGGUCUGAGGACCAGGACCUGGAGAGCCUGCUGCUGAAUAGGGGCUACCAAGUGCACUGGUCUUGAGUGACCCUCAAACCACCCAAUAGAGCUUGGUGAAUCUCAACACCCAAUGGGGCUAAGUGACCCCCCAAUCAUUCAAUGAGCUUGAGGGACCCUCAAUCACUCAAUGGGACUGAUGGACCCUCAACCACCCAAUAGGGCUAAGUGACCCCCCAGUCACUCAAUGAGCCUGAGGGAUCCUCAAUCAGAAAAUGGGCCGGAGGAACGCUUAAUUACCAAAGAGAGCUGAUUGACUUGUACCCCCCAAUGGGUCUGAAGGACCUCUUCAUGGGUCAUCCCUACCUACCCAUGAAGAUACUGAACUGUGGUACAAUACUACUGCACCCAAGAUGCUCUGUAGAAUGACUGCCAUGGAUAAUUUCGAAUAGCAGCAAACCUACAUCAACAGCUAUGAUCACUGACCUUGGGCGCAAAUGUUUCCAGCAAAGUAUAACCACAUGCUGCGCUAAUUAUUCUUCUGCUGAUCACUUGAUUACUUAAAACUGAGUUGUGCUCACCCUGGAAAUAUGCUGGAUUUUAAUGGUAAAAACA